CUAUUCGAAAAGUCUAUUAAUGGAGUUUGCUAUAUUAAUUCUGAUUACAUUUCUACACUCAUUUGUUGCUGCAGAAUUAACAAACAGUACCAAUUGCCUUGAAAGAUGUGAAUCUGACAAGAAAUAUCUGAGGCCAUAUUGUAAUACUGCAUGUUUAAAAAAUGCUAAUCCACAACAUUUUUAUUGCAAUUUAGCUUGUGAAAAACAUAGAGACAAGAUUUCCGCAACUGCAGAAUCAGUAAUUGAUAAUAUCAUAGCAACAAUUGGAUAUGAAUACUGUAUUAUUGGCUGUAACAACUCAUCCUUUAGUAGAAAAAGUUGUGAAUAUGAUUGUGAAAGUGUUUCUGCCUUCAUCUCAAAGUGUUACAAAGUUUGUCGUGGCAAAUAUACCAGCCUAGAUGCACUUUGUCUUUAUAAUUGUGAAUGGAAAAAGAAAAACGGCCUUAUAUCAGAUUAUAACGCAUGUACGAGUAACUGCAUUAAAGAAUAAUCAUAUGGAUGAUCAUGAUGAAACAUUAUUUGUAUUCACGUUACGAACUUCUUGAAUAAGUUGAAUAUCUAACUAACCCUUCCAACUUACAUUUUGGUAAAUAUGACUAUAAUUAACUAAUGAUGUUAUCCAUUAACCCUUGGUUCUUUCUAUUUUUCAACACUGAAAUGUGUUUAAGAUUGUGUGUGUUUUAAACAAUAUAAUUGAUGCUUAAUUCAU